AUGCAAAUCAGCAUCGGCUCAUCCCGCUUCCUCGUCGCCUCCGACACCUCGACUGCACAGCAGAUACUGAGGGACCAUGAUGUCGAGUUUGCCUCCAAGUUUGCCUUUGGACCUUCCCACCACAACAUCUUCAAGGGGGCCGAGUUCGUGAACGCACCCUAUGGCACGUACUGGAAGUUCAUGAAGCGGCUGUGCAUGACCAAGCUCUUCGCCGGUCCGCAGCUCAACCGGUUCUCUCACAUACGUGAGGAUGAGAUUAUGAAGCUCUUGAGAUCCUUAUGGAAGUGCCACCAGCUCGGUGAGCCAUGUGACCUGCGUACGAAGCUGACCGUGCUGACGAACAACAUGCAGUGUCGGAUGGCAAUGAGCAAGAGAUGUUCAAGGAGCGACGAUCAAGCACAUGAGAUUAGAGAAAUCAUCAGCAAUAUGAUGGCCUGUGGUGGGAGGCUGAGCUUCGCAGAGGUACAUGGGCCAUUGAAGCACAUCGACCUGUUUGGGAAUGGGAAGAGGCUGAGGACAGCGCUGAGGAGGUUCGACGUGUUGAUCGAGCAGAUAAUUAAGGAGUACGAGGAUGACCGUGGGGAGAGUGAAGAGGAAGAUGUGAUGGACAUCUUGUUGGAGACGUAUAGAGACCCUAAUGCUGAGAUCAGGUUGACCAGAGAUCAGAUCAAGCACUUCUUCCUGGAUCUUCUGAUAGCGGGCGUCGAUACCACAUCAGCAUCGAUGCAAUGGGCCAUAAUCGAGCUACUGAAACACCCGCACACGCUCAGGAAGCUCAGGAGGAGAUCGACACGGCAGUAG